CACUAUAAUAGACGCGGAAGUAAAAAUGCGGAACUGUAAAAAGGUUUCACGAAACGACACAGGGGUGAGGGAGGUAUAAGAGGUACUGUACUGUUUUCUAUCGCUACCGUUACACGCGUUGAUACACUGUUUUAUUUGUUAUGCGACACGUUAUAAUACACGUGCUUAACUUUAUAACUGUGUAGAGUCUGUAAAAAAGACCAAUCAGGUGUGCAAUCCUUCCAGGGAACUUCUUCCCAGUUCCCUUCUAUACCUAUCUUACAUACUUGAAUUUUUUUGAGGUCGGUAUUUCAGAACACGAGACACAAAAUCCCAUAUAAUGUCAGGUCUAUCUUAUAUUUUGUCAAUGGUUAGUGAUACCUAUCAUUCAAGUUAACCUCUCAUAUCGUAAAAGUAUAGGUUAAGUUGAUUAAGUCCGCUAGGAAAUUUGAGUUAUGCAUUUUUCAAAAGAAAUUCGAACAUUUGAAUUAUGCCGGGACUUUCCUAGAGUAUCUAAUACAAUGGGAAAUCUUUGUGAAUGUGCCUAGUGGUUCGGAAUUGUGAUCGCCGUUUUUCUCGUUAUGCGCGAUUGUAUCUAAACAAUUAUUUUCUUUGCGAGUCGCAUAUCAUUUUGAAAUAGAGAAAAAAUGUUGACGCGACACAGUGUAGUUACAGAAUCUUCUUCACAUGUCGAUACAAUACCUAUAAAUCUUGUUGCUACUGAGGAUGGUCGAACGCUUCUAGCAGUAACUGAACAUAAAGACGGUAUGUUGGAAAUUGUUGCAACUCCAGUUAUGCUUGUUGGACAAAGUGAAGCAGCAUCGCCACUAGUAGAUGUAAAAAAUUUUAAUGGAAAUCUAAUAUUACAUUCGCCUGUUUUUCAAAUAAGCGUUGAAAAUAUCGUCAAUGAGUCAGAACUUCAGCAAUCAACACAAAAUUUAGAGACUGAGCCUAAUAACAUUGAUCAAAUAAAAUUACAAUCAAGCAGAGAAUUAACAUGUAAGGAAACAGUUACACAAGAAUAUCAGUCUCUUUCUUCGAAUGAUUCAGUAGCUAGUGAAAAGGAUGGAAAAAUUUGUAAACAGAAGCCAGUUAAUACAUCUGUGAAAAAAAAUAGCCCUGGAAGGCCCAGGAAAAACAAAGCAAUUUCUUUGCAAGUAAUUCAAGAUACAGAUAAUUUAACAUGCGACAUUUGCCACCAAGAAUUUGGUAAACAAACAUUAUAUCGGAAACAUAUGGAAAAUCAUGCAGAAGAAAAACCACAUCGAUGUCCGAAAUGUUCUGCCUCUUUCAACGUGCCGACAAAUUUUACACUUCACAUGGCAACUCAUAAUACAGGUGAACCCAAAUGUCCAGAAUGUGGGAAAAAAUUUGCGAGAAUGGCCAGCUUAAAGUCUCAUAUGUUGUUACAUGAAAAAGAAGAAAACUUAUUCUGUACAGAAUGUGAAGAUGCUUUCUCGACAAAGACUCAGUUAGAUGCACAUUUAAAGCUACAUGGGGAAAAGUGGUCGAUUGAAGAAGUACGAAAAUGUAAAUUAUGUAAUAAACAGUUCAGUCAACCCGCCUUAUAUAGGCUUCAUAUUCGUGAGCACUAUAGGUUGCAGACAAAAGUAGUAAAACAAACGAAAAGGGGGACAAAACACAAAACAAUGUAUAAGUGUACCAUAUGUUUGAAGUCUUUUCAAAAGCCAAGUCAAUUGAUGCGGCAUAUUAGAGUGCAUACUGGUGAAAAACCUUUCAAGUGUACAGACUGCGGUCGUGCAUUCACGCAAAAGAGUUCGCUGCAAAUUCAUACGUGGCAACACAAUGGUAUUCGACCUCAUGCUUGUGAGUUUUGCAACGCCAAGUUUAGUCAGAAAGGUAAUUUGAAUGCUCAUAUAAUGAGAGUUCACAAUGUCCCAGAGGGAGAACCUAUAUACGGAUGUAAUUAUUGUUCAUGCGUGUUUAAAAAACUCGGCAGUUUGAAUGGUCACAUGAAACGUAUGCAUACCGAUGUAAACGAGGAGAAUACCAUUAAUGACAAUACUCAUUCGAGUAAUACCGUGGAGUCUGAUAUACGUGCAACAGUUGAUAGCGUUAUAACACAACUGGCAUCUUUAGAAUCCGACAUUCAUCAAACUACAGAAUCGUCAAAUUUCGAACCGCGUUUAUUGUCGGAAAACGUAACGAAAAAGGAUAUUUUACAACAAGCAUUGAAAAACAGUGGUCUUCCUAGUAAAAAUAAAAUUGCUUCUGAAGAGAUAAAGAAAUUUGGAACUCGUGUUAAUUUUGUAACAUUAUUGGAUCGAGCGCCUGAUGGUGAUACGAGAAAAUAUUUGACAAUAAAACAACGAUGCGUAGGAAACGUGAGAUGGUACGCGUGUACAUUUUGUCACAAAGAAUUCAAAAAACCGUCAGAUUUGAUACGUCAUUUGCGUGUUCAUACGCAGGAAAAGCCUUUUAAGUGCACCCACUGUUAUCGUUCGUUCGCUUUGAAAUCUACUAUGAUAGCACACGAACGUACGCAUUCAAGUGUUAAACGUUACGCUUGUGGUUCCUGCGAGAAAGCAUUCGUGUGCCAUAGUAGUUUAAUUGCACAUACUAGAUCGCAUGCAAAAUCCGAAAAUUGUUCAAAUAAAACCAUUGACAAUGAUAAGGACCCUGACACAUAUGCAGUAAUUGAUGCUGACAUUUAUCCUACUGAUCAAUUGAAAAAUCAAAUAAAGGGUAAAUUAAAAUUAUCACCAGAAGUAGAAAGUUUAGUACCUCAAGUUAUCUUGCAAGAACCGUUGGUAAUUAGUGAUACAGGAAAUAAAAUUUCCGUGGUAUCUUCGGGAAAGGAAAAACGUGCUUAUGAUACGUCUACUGAUCAGGCCAGACCCCACAAAUGUUGGAUUUGUCAGGCGGCAUUUAGAAAAAUCAGUCACUUGAAGCAACAUCAUCGCCGCCACACGGGAGAACGUCCAUAUAAAUGCACAAAAUGCGAUAGGAGAUUUACAUCGAAUAGUGUUCUAAAAUCGCAUUUGCAUACUCACGAAGAUUCGAGGCCAUACGGCUGUUCUCUUUGUAAUGCGAAAUUUUCUACACAAAGCAGCAUGAAAAGACACUUGGUUACUCACAGUAAUAAAAGACCGUUCAUGUGCCCUUAUUGUCACAAGACUUUCAAAACUUACGUCAAUUGUCGGAAACACAUGAAAAUACAUAAGCAUGAAUUGGCACAACGGCAAUUGGAACAACAGAAAAUCAGAAUACAAGAACAAGCUUCAGACAAGUCAAAUAUGAAGGAAAGUUCUAAACAAGAAACGGCUCUUGAAUCGUCUUCCUCCUCUUCUGCCUCUAUCACUACUAUUAAUUCCACUAUUACCAGCAACAUCUCCAUCACUACCACUGCCACUACCAAUACCACCCCUACCACCGUCACAACUUCCUGCUCUUCUACGUUUUCAGAUAAUCUUGCACUUUCUCGUCUUGGAUCGGUUGAAUUGUCAUUUCAAUCGCAGCUCGGAUCAGAGCUUUCACAAGCUUUUCCCGAGUUUCAAAAUAUAACUGAAGGAAAGGAAAAAAUAAGACCAGUUUUAGCAACAAGUUGCGAUACUACAACGUUUAUUAAUCAAAAUGUAGCGGGAAUAGCUGUAACAAAUCUUGAAAAUUCAUCAAUAUUACAAGCUGAUGAAGCUGGUUCAGUCACGUUGCCCGUUUAUUCUGGCGAUCAAACACUUACACCGGAAAGUAUACGAGAAAUAGAAGAAACUUUGAAUCAACAGUUUUUUAAUAUCGGUAUGAAUCUUAACCUGGGAGGUAAUCACUCGAGACAUUCGAGUAGUACAAAUACGAGUGAUUUUAAUCAUAUGAAAGAACAACAGCAACCUGUAUUAAAUGUUAUAUAUGAAAAUAAUAAUAACAGUAACUGUAAUAGUAACGUAGAAUCAGCUGGAGAACAUGUAUUUUCGACACAAUUAGAUUCAUUUGAGAUGGACCAUAUUACUUUGCAAUCGGAUACUGAAAUUGACAUUGGACUAGAUACAAGAAAUUCAACUAAUAUGGCUAGUAUACUACCUAGGAAUGUAAAAGAUGAACAUCGUGUUUCUGUUUGUGUUACGACACCAGAUAGCAUAAAUAUUGAACAAUCAGAAAAGUCUGGUGUGCAAGCGGUUGUAUUUGUUUCCCAGCCAAACUUCUCCAAAAAAGAAAAUAUAACAAAUGAAUUUACUGUAGAAGAAACCCAGAAGAACAGUAUUCACAAACAAUGUAUAAUCAACCCGAUAUUCUUUACAGAAGACUUUCGGGGAACAUCGCAAGAUUUCAAGAUUCAAUCGAAUAUGCACGCUUUGUCAUCCGAUGUUCCAGAAAUCGUUAAAACCGCUACGGGCAAAAUAUCCCGUGGACAAUCUCUAUUACAGUGUCACAUGUGUAGCCAACAAGGAUUCACGACAGUUGGUUUAAAGGAACAUUUGACAAGCCAUCGCGGAACGAAGGAAUACCAGUGCACAGAGUGCUCUUCUAAAUUUUACACAAAUGGUGGAUUAAAUAGACAUUCGAAGAUUCAUGUUGUCAAGCAACCAUUUAAAUGUUUAUCGUGUGAGAAGCAGUUCAACAAUAGAAUCCAAUUGCUAUCACAUAGUAAAAUUCAUGAAACUUCAGUAUGGAAUGCUUCAGGGAUAAAUGAUAAUUCAGAUAAUUCGUCGUUUUUAUCGGAAGUGCAUCAACCACGGAUUGCAAAUGAUCAUUCACCAUUACAUAAUAUUAUGAUAGAACCCGAUUCUGCCGUUUCUGAGAAAGUUCUGUUGGAUACAGUAGCUGAAAAAGAAGUAAUGGAUCAAGUGGAAAUUUUGCUGGAAAAGAAGGAACGAAAAGAGUAUACAAACAAAUGUAAAUAUUGUCCGAAAACUUUUCGCAAACCAAGCGAUCUUAUAAGACAUGUACGCACACACACAGGAGAACGACCAUACAAGUGCGAUUAUUGCAGUAAAAGCUUUGCCGUAAAAUGUACUUUGGAUUCUCAUACAAAAGUUCAUACGGGAAAAAAGACAUUUCGCUGCCAUGUGUGCAAUAGUUUAUUUGCGACUAAAGGUAGCUUGAAAGUUCACAUGCGUUUACAUACCGGUUCAAAACCAUUCAGAUGUCCUAUAUGCGAUUCGAGAUUUCGAACAUCCGGUCAUAGAAAAGUACACUUAUUGAAACAUGCACGCGAACACAAAGAUAAUCCAAAGAGAAAACAAAAACAUUUGAAGGUUGCAGUCAUAGCUGAAGUAGCGUCUGAUCUUGAGAAAUGUGACGGAAAGGAAGAGAAAAUGAAUAAUUUUGAGCCAAAGCAGCAAAUAGCACAGGAACAGCAGCUAUCACAGGCAGUUGCAGGAUUAACCUCCCAUUUAGAGGCAUAUAGUAUUGAAACAGCUGCUUCCUGUUUAUCUGAUCAAAUUAAUUUCGACACAGAAGGUAUCGUAUCGAACAACAAUCAAACGAUUGUGUCUAUAAACGAAAACAAUCAGUUAGUUACGAAUUUGCACUUUCUUCUGACAAAUGGUCUUGUUACCAUACAAACUGAAGAAUCGUUGUUGUCACAAUCAUCUGCAUCACCAGCUAACAAUUCGCAGCAUCGGUCGGCUGGGGUUCCCGAUACUGGGUGUGCACUAACAACACCCAGCGUCGUAUCUGAUACUAACGAACAACAUGCCAAGGAUGAAAUUCAUAUAGAACAAAUGUUAAAAACGCCAACAAAUAAUUGUCUUUUAGCGAUAUCAACUGUGACACCUUCGUUGGAACGACAGCUGGAACCAUUUUCAAAGGUGACUACGGAAGAAACGUUACCAGUAGUAACCAAUAAACCGACGAUUAAAGGGAAUCCAUCGAAAAAGGAAUGCGACAUUUGUGGGAAAAUAUUUACAAAACCGUAUCAAGUCGAAAGACAUAAACGAAUUCAUACGGGUGAACGACCAUACAAGUGUGAUCUAUGUACGAAAUCAUUUGCCCAAAAGUCAACUCUACAGAUGCAUCAAAAACAUCACACUGGCGAUCGACCCUACGCUUGUUCGUACUGUGAAUAUUCUUUUACGCAAAAAGGCAAUCUUCGAACACAUGUUAAACGCGUACAUCAACUGGAUACUGUUGACAUCAGGAAAUGGAAACGUAACCGUCAAUCCUUCCUACCCAAAACAUCUCUUCAGGAAAACACGAUCGAAGCUAAGAGUCUAAAUUUAGACAACAUAUCGUUCGUAGAGCUGCUUAAAUAGUAAUAUGCAUCUGGUACAAAAACUAUCAUUUUACUUUUUAGUUAAAUUUUAUGCCUUUGACAAAAAUUGUUAACUGCGAUAGAAUGUUGAUUAAAUGAUAGAGACAAUAAUAUUUCGACAUUCUUAUUUACGUUAAUAUUUAAUGUGUUAAAUAAUUAUUCGAUGCUAUCUCGCAAAUAAAUAUAAUCUGUCGUCGCAUCCAAUGUAUAAAAUGUUCGCCGAUUUAUAUGAAAGCAAAAAUAAAUUUUUAACGUGUAA